AUGAAUACGCACACUCUCCUUGUCCGACGAAUACCGUUGCGGUCGUCGCCGCGAACAAUACGCUCCCGAAGACACCUUACAUCGUCAACACCCAAAUCCGAACCCGUUCCUGAGAAACACAACCCACAGCCGGCUGCCACGGUGCCGGGACCGGUCGCUGUAUCGGGACCAGGAUCGGUAUCGGGAUCGCGGACACUCAUUCAGAGAAUCCAGGCCGGUCCGGUGGGAAGAGUGGCGGGGGCAUAUUCGCGCGUGCAGGACAGGCGACCAUAUACCACGCAAGUGGUCAGCACGAUCAUUGUGUAUCUCUGUGGUGAUUUAGGGGCGCAGUUGUUGUUUCCGCCGGAUAAUAUCCCUUCGUCGUCGGAGGGACAGGGCGAUGAAGGGGAGAAGCAGACGGUUGGAGGAGGAGGGUAUGAUCCGUGGAGGACGCUGCGACAUCUGACGGUGGGAGUUGGGAGUGCGAUUCCGACGUAUAAAUGGUUCAUGUUCCUGCACCACAACUUCAACUACUCCUCCAAACUUCUUUCCAUCCUGACCAAGGUCUGCGUGCAGCAGGCGGUCUUCACCCCAGUUUUCAAUACCUAUUUCUUCGGUCUGCAGUCGUUGAUGACGGGCAAGUCGCUCGAGGAGACCUUCGAGCGGUUGAAGGUCGCGUUGCCGACUAGUAUCUCGAAUAGUGUUAAGCUGUGGCCUGCGGUUACGGCCUUCAGCUUCAUGUAUGUCGCGCCGCAGUUCCGGAGCAUCUUCUCGGGAGUCAUUGCCGUUGGGUGGCAGACGUAUCUGAGUUGGUUGAAUCAGAAGGCGGCGCGUGAGGUUGAGGCGGAGAAGUUGGCGUCGGUGGAGGUGGGUGUGGGUGCGGUGGCUAUGAAUGCAUAG